AUGCUCAAGGUUCUGAAAGAGGAGCUCGGCAUGGAGGGUAAUCGGGAACGAAAUGUUAAAGUUGUGGAGAUGGUUAAGCUGACUAAGUUGACUAAAGGUCGAGGUAAAGAGAGGAGGAGACCACCUGUUGCAGUUGCAGUGAAGCAGUUCCUACUUGUGGCUCUUGGUUCGUUGCUCGUUCCAACAAGCUCCCGGAUCUGUAAGUUCGACUAUGCAGAGUACUUGGCGGGGAGGGUUGAGGACAUUCGAACUAUUAAUUGGAGUGGUCACGUCGCCCAACAGUUGAAGCUAGAGCUGACUGUUACCAAAAAAAGAGAAGUUAAAGCUAGGGCCAAGGGACAAAAAUUGCAGUGGGUUAAUGGGGAUAUCCACUUCUUGAUGCUUCAUUUGUUGGAUUUCCUUAAGGUGAGAGGAUUCGCCACAAAUACAAUCCCCAGUUGCAGCUAUUGGAGGGAGUGGGAAUCAGGAACAAGUAGCUCAGCUCUUCAUACAGCUUCUCUGCGGUUAUACACGACAGAAUGGUGGGAGGAAACAGACUUGGAGUCCCUUGAUACCGACAAGAUUAAGGUAUUGGAGUCCUUGACUGAAAAAGUGAUGCAUAAGUGGGAUUCAUGGGGGGAAAGUGUCCGAAGGGUUGCCAUUAAGCGCCAGCAAGACAAGAAUUGA